AUGAUGAAAUCUUGUACCAUUGCUCUGUUAUUAUUGUGUAUAAGCUUUGUUCUUGUUGUAACAGAUGCAAAAGAGUGUACAAACACUCCUACGCAGCUCUCUUCUCAUACUUUCCGUUACGACCUUCUUCAAUCGAAGAACGAAACUUUGAAGACAGAGAUGUUCUCUCAUUACCACUUAACACCAACUGAUGACUCUGCUUGGUCUAGUUUGUUGCCAAGGAAGAUGUUGAGACAAGAGGAAGAUGAAUAUGGUUGGACUAUCAUGUAUAGGAACAUCAAGAACUCCAACAACGACUCUGGUAACUUUCUCAAGGAUGUUUCUUUGCAUGAUGUUAGGUUGGAUCCAAGCUCCUUCCAUUGGAGGGCUCAGCAGACAAACCUUGAGUAUCUAUUGAUGUUGGAUGUUGAUGGUUUGACAUGGAGCUUCCGUAAAGCAGCUGGUCUUGAUGCUCCAGGAAAUUACUAUGGAGGAUGGGAGCGACCAGAUAGUGAACUCCGUGGCCAUUUCGUCGGUCACUAUCUGAGUGCAACAGCUUACAUGUGGGCAAGUACUCAUAAUGAUACUCUCAAGGCAAAAAUGUCAGCUCUCGUCUCAGCUCUAUCGGAUUGCCAACAGAAACUUGGCACAGGAUAUCUCUCUGCUUUUCCUAGCAGUUUUUUCGACCGGUUCGAAGCUGUAACUCCUGUCUGGGCUCCUUACUACACCAUUCACAAGAUUUUAGCCGGUCUAGUAGAUCAAUACAAGUUGGCUGGGAACAAUCAAGCUCUGAAAAUGGCAAGCUGGAUGGCUGAUUACUUCUAUGGCCGUGUUCGUAAUGUGAUAAGGAAGUACAGCGUUGAACGACACUGGCAAUCACUAAACGAAGAGACUGGUGGCAUGAAUGAUGUUCUUUAUCAGCUAUUCAGCAUCACUGGUGAUUCCAAGUAUUUGUUGCUCGCGCAUCUCUUUGACAAGCCUUGCUUUCUAGGGGUGCUCGCGAUUCAGGCUGAUGAUAUAAGCGGCUUCCACUCUAACACGCAUAUUCCCAUUGUUGUUGGAUCUCAACUCCGGUAUGAGAUCACUGGGGAUCCACUCCAUAAGGAAAUCUCGAAGUUUUUUAUGGAUAUCGUCAAUGCUUCUCACAGCUAUGCAACUGGAGGAACAUCAGUCAGUGAGUUCUGGCAAGAUCCAAAGAGAAUGGCGACUACGCUGCAAACCGAAAAUGAGGAAUCAUGUACUACUUAUAACAUGCUCAAGGUCUCUAGGAAUCUAUUCAGGUGGACAAAAGAAGUUAGCUAUGCAGACUACUACGAGCGGGCUUUGACAAACGGUGUGCUCGGAAUUCAAAGAGGAACCCAGCCUGGACUGAUGAUCUACAUGCUCCCAUUAGGUAGAGGUGUUUCUAAGGCUGUGACUUAUCAUGGUUGGGGAACACCUUAUAAUGCCUUCUGGUGUUGCUAUGGCACUGGGAUUGAAUCCUUCUCAAAGCUGGGAGAUUCUAUUUAUUUUCAAGAAGAUGGGGAAUCUCCAGCUCUUUAUGUCACCCAAUAUAUAUCAAGCUCGCUUGAUUGGAAGUCUGCUGGUCUUUCGCUAUCUCAGAAAGUCAAGCCUGUUGUGCCGUGGGAUCCGUUCAUGCGUGUGACAUUCACUUUCUCUUCUUCCAAAGAGGGAAUGGCCACUUUGAAUCUAAGAAUUCCAGUUUGGACAAACUCUGAAGGUGCCAAAGUAUCUUUGAAUGGACAACCCCUCAAAGUACCAGCUUCAGGUAAUUUCCUAUCACUCAAACGGAGCUGGAAAUCCGGCGAUCAAGUAACGAUGGAGCUACCGUUGAGUAUCAGAACCGAAGCUAUAAAAGAUGAUCGACCGGAGUACUCAUCUCUUCAGGCUAUACUCUAUGGCCCCUACUUGUUAGCCGGACAUACGAGCAGGGAAUGGAGCAUCACAACUCAGGCUAAAGCUGGAAAAUGGAUAAACCCUAUACCUGAAACUCAUAACAGCCACCUUGUCACACUCUCACAACAAUCUGGAAACGUAUCCUACGUGUUGUCAAACAGAAACCGAACCAUCACUAUGGAAGUAUCGCCUGGACCAGGGACACAAGAAGCUGUUGGGGCGACUUUUAGGCUCGUGACUGAUGCUUUGAAAGUCCGGAUUUCGGGUCCAGAGGAGCUCAUUGGAAGCCAGGUCAUGGUGGAACCGUUUGAUUUCCCUGGCAUGCUUGUGAUGCAAGGAACUGACAACUCCUUUGCGGUUCAAGAUUCAUCUUCUACAGACAAAGAAGCUUCUAGCUUUCGGUUAGUACCUGGAGUCAACGGGAAGCCAGGAAGUGUGUCGUUAAGACUAGAGAGCAAAAAGGGUUGUUUUGUGUACAGCGAUCAAACCCCGAAACCAGGAAUGAAACUGAAGCUUGAAUGUGAUUCAGAUGCGAGUGAUGAGAAGUUUAAACAGGCAGCAAGCUUUAGGUUAAGGACAGGAAUAAGUCAAUACAAUCCUAUGAGUUUCGUGAUGAGCGGAACAGAGAGGAACUUUGUGUUAUCGCCAUUGUUUAGCUUAAGAGAUGAAACAUACAAUGUGUACUUCAAUGUACAAACUUGA